UUCAUGAACCUAAGGCAUAAAUCAACUAGGCUUUUCACAAACAAAUAAACUCCGAUCCGAUGACAAGCCCAAAGUUUCUGAUUCCCGUUGUUGUUUUCAUACUAGUUUUUGGUGGCUUAGGAAUAUGUUGUGCCGCCAGAACACUCAAUAAUCAUGGCGAUGAUGGUGUUGCUGCUCCACAUCUCUUGAAAAAUGGCCGAGUUCAUGCUGAUCGAGGAAGAUGCCGGGAUAUUGAUAGAGGAGUUAGUGUUGGGUACUGUGAUAAAAUAGGAAAAGGUUCUGGCGGCGGACAAGGUUAUGCUGGUGGAGGUGGAAAAGGUGCUUCAACUGAUGAUCCCGGUGGAAAUGGUGGAACAGGUGGAGAUGGUGGUGGUGCUGGUGAUGGAGGAUAUCGUGGCAUAGGUGGAAAAGGAGGAGCUGGCGGAGACGGUGGUAAUGGUGGAAACGGAGGAGACGGUGAAAACGGUGGAGAUGGAAUAAAUGGAGGUGGUGGUGGGGGAGGCAGCGGCGGUGGAGGAGGUGAGAUAGAUUGUGAAAGAGGUGAAGAUGGAGGAAGUGGCGGCAGCUAUGGUUAUCACCCUUAGACACUGUAUAAUAAAUAAUUGAUAAAUGAUAUUUUGUAUCACUCUAGAUACAACAUAAGUUUGAUUUUUGUAUAUGAUAUGAGUUUGUUUCUUAAUUUAUGUAAAUUGAUGAGGUAAGUUCUAAAAAUUCUUUCUGACAUUAAUUUUGUGUAUUAAAAUUGUUUUUAAGAUUUUGUUCGGUUGCCGGGUUUCGAACGGGUCAGGUAAGUGGAGCAGGCGAAAAGAUAAGGGAGAUCUAGACCUGAUUGAUAAAUGGACGGGUUUUCUGAGUUGUGGAGCUGGUGGGUGGAAGACGGAAACUUGGCGACAUUCCGAGCAGUUGUGUUGGAGAGGGGGGAGCUACCUGCAAUGAUACUCCAACGUUCUUGUAGAGAUCGUAUAAGUGGCAGUGAGAGUAAUGGGUUAGUGACGUACCUAGGAAGAGGGGUAGGAUCCUCUCCUUAUAUACCCUGUUAGUAGGGCAGGUCCCACUAGAUAUAGAUCUUUUUUCUAAAAGUUUCUUUGUCUAGCUGCCAUGAGGCUGGCUGCUAGGGGGUGCUAUUCCAUACAUUACUCGCAGUUCAGGUGGGCGAUAUCCGCCGGAUCGGCCACUCGAGUCGGAACUCCUGAUCACCUUGACGGGGCCAAAAUAGAUUUUAACUGAAUAAAUUAUAUUUUUGAGAUUAAUAAAAAUGUAUUAAGUUAAUUAUGAAUUCAAUUUUUUUAAUGAUA